GGGCAGAGCUUAUGAAGAGGGGGCUGGGACACUCAGGCUGAUUGAGAACAGCUGUUGCUCUUCAAUCUCAGAGAUCUUUGGACUCUGCCCGGAGCAGGCUCACAGUGUACUCCAAACUACAAGGAGCCUGCACAGGUUCCCUGAGACAGCCCAAGGUUCCUCUGCCCACUGUGGCUUCCAGAAACUUCUGAAACAAAAGACCAGACGGGGAUUCUCCAUCCAACAGCUGGACUCGUCCUCCCCAUCACCAGCCCCACCUCUGUCUGCUGCUGCCCAGGAAAGGCUGGAGGAAGAGACAGGAGAAACAGACCUGCCCUUUCUCCCAGUCCCUCCACUCACUCAGCGCUGACAUCAGGAGACCCCAUGGCCCAAGCUCUCUGUGGUUGCUGCCCCUGGCUUGUCCUCCUCUGUGCUUGUGCCUGGAGCCACCCAAAGCCAGGGUACCUUGGAAGAGAAGAUGUGAGAAACUGUUCGGCCAACCCUCCGCACCUUCCAGUUACUGCGGUCAAUACCACAGCACGUCUCUCAGCCCUCCGCCAACAGAUACAGGCCUGGAAUCUCUCUGCCUACAUCAUCCCAGACACGGAUGCCCACAAGAGUGAAUACAUUGGCAAACACGAUGAGAGGCGUGCAUGGAUUACAGGCUUCAAGGGGACUGCAGGGAUUGCAGUAGUGACUAUUGGGAAAGCAGCUGUCUGGACUGAUAGUCGCUACUGGACUCAGGCGGAGCGGGAGAUGGACUGCAACUGGGAUCUCCAUAAAGAAGUUGGUAUUACUUUUAUCGUCACCUGGCUCCUGGCUGAGAUUCCUGCUGGAGGACAGGUGGGCUUUGACCCCUUCCUCAUCUCUGUAGACUCCUGGAACUAUUAUGACACGAACCUCCAGGACUCCAACAUACAGCUGGUGUCCAUCACAACCAAUCUUGUCGACCUGGUAUGGGGCUCAGAGAGGCCCCCGGUGCCGAGUGAACCCAUCUAUGCCUUGGAAACAGCAUUCACAGGGAGCACUUGGCAGGACAAAGUAUCCGACAUUCGAAGUCAGAUGCAGAAGCAUAGCAAGGCCCCGACUGCUGUCCUUCUGACAGCCCUUGAUGAGACGGCCUGGCUCUUCAACCUUCGCAGCAGUGACAUCACCUAUAACCCCUUCUUCUAUUCCUACACUCUGCUCACGAACUCUUCCAUCAAGUUAUUUGUAAACAAGAGUCGCUUUAGUCCUGAGACCCUGCAGUACCUGAACUCUGGCUGCAUAGAGUCCAUGUGUGUGCAACUUGAAGACUACAACCAAAUUCGUGACAGCGUCCAGGCCUAUGUCUCAGGAGAUGUGCGGAUCUGGAUUGGGGCCCAAUAUACCAUGUAUGGGCUCUAUGAAGUGAUACCCGAGGAGAAACUCGUGGCAGAUGCCUACUCCCCAGUGAUGAUGACCAAGGCGGUGAAGAACAGCAAGGAGCAAGCCCUCCUCAAGGCCAGCCAUGUGCGGGACGCUGUGGCUGUGAUCCGGUACUUGGUCUGGCUGGAGAAAAACGUGCCCAGAGGCACAGUGGAUGAGUUCUCAGGGGCAGAGUUCAUGGACCAGUUACGAGGCAAAGAAGACUUCUUUUCCGGACCCAGUUUCCAGACCAUCUCUGCUAGUGGCCUGAAUGCUGCCCUCGCCCACUACAGCCCGACUAAGGAGCUGAACCACAAACUGUCCCCAGAGGAGAUGUACCUGGUGGAUUCUGGGGGCCAAUACUGGGACGGAACCACAGACAUCACCAGAACAGUCCACUGGGGUACGCCCUCUGCCUUCCAAAAGGAGGCCUACACCCGCGUGUUGAUGGGAAACAUUGAUCUGUCCAAGCUCAUCUUUCCUGCUGCUACAUCAGGGCAUGUGCUAGAAACUUUUGCCCGCAAAGCCUUGUGGGAUGUUGGGCUCAAUUAUGGCCAUGGAACAGGCCAUGGCAUUGGCAACUUCCUGUGUGUGCAUGAGUGGCCAGUGGGAUUCCAGACCAAAAACAUUGCUAUGGCCAAGGGCAUGUUCACUUCCAUCGAACCUGGCUACUAUCAGGAUGGAGAAUUUGGGAUCCGUAUUGAAGAUGUGGCCCUUGUGGUGGAAGCAAAGACCAAGUACCCAGGGUCCUACUUGACCUUUGAAGUGGUGUCCUUAGUGCCCUAUGACCGGAACCUCAUUGAUGUCAACCUGCUGUCCCCUGAGCAGCUCCAAUACCUGAAUCAAUACUACCAGGUCAUCCGAGAGAAGGUGGGCCCGGAGCUCCAACAACGCCAGUUGCUUGAGGAGUUUGAGUGGCUACAGCGGCACACAGAGCCCCUGUCUGCCCGGGCACCACAUACAGCCUCUUUGGCCUCUGUGCUGGUGGCCUCUACUCUUGCCAUCCUCAGCUGGAGUAACUAGAGGCUCCUGAUUCCCUGCUAACUCACCACAUGGAUGUACGACUCACUUACUCAGCUCCCCUCUGCCUGAAACAUGCAUGCCCCAAGAGCCCCUGCCAGCCCAACACUGGAAACCAUUGCCCUCAGCUUCCUCUAGACCAGUCCCCAAGCAGCACAUACCCUCCUCAGCAACUAUAUGCCUCACCCUGGAUUCCCAGACCCAGACCUGGGAUAGUGGAGCCAACCAGUCCCUUCCUCUAGUGGGUAGAGCUUGCUAUACAGCUGCUGUCCCUCCCCACAAAUAAAAGACAAUGCCCCUAACCCCAGGGACUCCGUGGCCCAGGGAGAACACUCCCCUGUCACCACCUGCUGGAGAGCUCCAGAGCUCUCCCACUCUGUAGGCUGCCUCUGGCUAACCCACCUGCCCUCAGUCCUACAAUGGCCUCCUGGCUACAAUCCCUGAGGCUGAAAAGACAAGGCUCCCUCCCACUUGCCAGCUGUACCUGUAGAGGAAGGGGAAGCAAGGGUGGCUGCAUCCCCUAGUUGCAAACUCCCAGCCUAGGACUGGAGAGGACAGACCAGUAAAACAGAGAGCCUGCAGCCAGAGACCAGCGAUGAGCACGCACCCACGUGUGAGCCCAUCACUCCUAAACCCUGAGUACACUCCACACCAAGUGACAGCAUAGGGCAUUU